AUGAUUGAGGGAAUGGUGAAGGAUGGUGUUAUUGAACCUUCAUCUAGUCCAUGGUGUUCACCUGUGGUGCUGGUAAAGAAGAAGAACGGCAGCAUGCGGUUUUGUGUUGACUACCGCCGCCUGAACAACGUUACAAAGAAGGACAGCUAUCCCUUGCCAAGAAUUGAUGACACGCUGGACAUGCUUACAGGCGUAAAGUGGUUUAGUACGCUGGAUCUGAAAAGUGGCUACUGGCAGGUUGAAAUUGACCCUAAGGACAAGGAGUAA